AUGCCGAUCACCACCGGGCCCAGUGACCGCAGGACAGUAAUAAGCGCCGAAAAUCUCAUGUUGUGCCCGGGCUGGCUGUCUGUCCCCAGUCCCGGUGCGAAGCUUCCCAGAAUAGGCAACAGUCCGCCUGCGCGCGCCUCUACAUCAAUCGAGCAGCUACCUGACUCCUCCUCCUCCAAAGCCAGGGCAGCGCGCACAGUCACAGACCCCAGUGCGCAGACAGAGGAGGCGGGCGGGCUUCGUGCGCUUCAGCCAAACAGCGCACGCAGAGCAGGGUCCAGGGGCGGGACGUGUUUAAUCACACGCGCUGCUGUCUCGAGGAAUCUGGAUGUAGGGCACUAA